AUAAGAAGAAACAAACAACACCGUGGGAUAUAUGGAUGUAUCCACGGAUAGAUAGCCUGAAGGAUACAGGGUUAUAUUAUAGGAUUUAGUUGUUUUUUUGUUGAUGUAAAGUAGUCUUAUCUAACCAUUCGCAUGCUACAUACUCCGAUACAGUAGGUGGCGGUAUGUACCUUAUAAGUGGUUGCAACCCGCCAUAAAAUAAAAGAAGAAGAAGAAGACGACGACGACGACGAAGAAGAAGAAGAAGAAGAAGAAGUAGAAGAAGAAGAAGUAGAAGUAGAAGUAGAAGAAGAAGAAGUAGAGAUAGAUAGAUAGAUAGAUAGAUAGAUAGAUAGAUAGAUAGAUAGAUAGAUAGAUAGAUAGAUAGAUAGAUAGAUAGAUAGAUAGAUAGAUAGAUAGAUAGAUAGAUAGCAAGCAAGCAAGCAGCAGCAGCAUAGACAUCUAUAUUUGUCUAUGGGUAGCAGGACUAGCAGCUAAUAUUUACAGUGGAGCAUGGGUUACAGAUGCGUUUCAAAGUUUUCCCGCUUAUGUCUCUGAGAUCAUAAGCUUUUGAACACCUUGUUGCUCCGUGAGCUCAGACUACGGAAAAACACACAGCGACGCUGUAACGUUACGCCUGUAGCCACAUAAAAUGACUGACGUUAGCUUAGCUAUGGAGAAAAUGUUCAGUCAGUGGAAGAAGCAGUGUCUGAACAAGCUGGACCUGAGCAAGAAGGGCAGUGUGGAUGAAGAUAUCGAACAUGUAGUGUCUCUGCUCAACAGCUGUGAGGAGUACUUCACCACCAGCUCCUGCUCUGGUCGAAUUGUCCUCAUCGAUGGGGCUCCAGAGAGCAGUGAUGUCCAGAAACACAAUUGUGUUUGGCUGUUUGUCUCACACCAGAAAUGCAAAUCUGAUGAUCUGAUGUCUGGUCUGGCCAGGUCCAGUGGAGAUGCAGUGUUGAAGUUUGAGCCCUUUGUGCUCCAUGUUCAGUGUAGGCGCCUGGAUAAUGCACAGCUGAUGCACUCAGUGGCCAUCAACUCAGGCUUUAGGAACUCCGGUCUCACUGUCAGCAAGACGGGGAAAAUCAUCAUGGCAGUCCGUAGUACCCACGGCCUGGAGGUUCCUCUCAGCCAUGAAGGAAAGCUCCUGGUUGAACAUGAGUACAUAAAUUUCCUAACUCAGAUAGCCAAUCAGAAGAUGGAGGAGAACCAUAGACGGAUCCACAGGUUCUACCAGAAUCUCCAGUCAGCCCUGCCUACAGAGAAACUCCAAAAACUACAAAUCCCAGAUCCCUCCAUCUCACAGGAACUACAAGCUCCGCCUCACAGACUGGAGACAGAAAAGGGGGAAGGAGGAGAAAAGGAGGAGAAGAACAAAACAAGUGUGUAUACCCGUAGGAGGAAGAGAGAACGACACCGUCAGACUGACUGUUGCCCUGGUGACGGACCUAGCAGUGUGCCAGAGCUGGAUAACUGUCUGGAUCUGUUCACAUGAAGUAGUGCUUCUGCAAACAUGCUAACAGGCUCCUUUCGUCACUGACUGGAUAAUGUCCAAUAGUGUCGCUCUUUGGUGAAUGUUUUAGUGCUGAUUAUUAAUUUUAUUUGAGAGAGCUGGGGCUUGUAUCACAAAGAAGAUCACCAUCGUAACCUACACUGCACCGCUAAGUCAGUAGAUCAGUUUAAAAUGAGUAAACAGCCUGCCUACUGAUGAAUCAGCUCACUAGAAUAAUGGAUCCAUUAUUUCCACAGGGUCUCAACGUGGGCAGAAGUACUGAUUUUACAAUAAAAAGACUAGUAAUAAAGAGCAAUAAAGACAUUUCUGUACAUAA